GGCACCGAGCAACGUACUCGGGACCCCUUGCAGCUUGCGUCAAUUUUCACACUCGCCAAAUAACCCAGAGCACGCUGCAUGGACUGAGAUUUUCCUGCCGCGACAGCGUCUUAAGAGGUGUGAAUGACAGUGGUCCGCCGUUAUCAACCUCCCAAAAAAGAUCCGCUGGAGCGAAAAAUGAAGAGGGAGAGCGUUCCAGCCCCGUGACGCGGGGCAUCGCGACGGCGCAGACUUUCCAUUUCCUUCCCCCCGUUACACACACACGCAACAUACACACUUCGACGCGGCUGACAUUUUAAACUCCACAUGUCGGCACUGUGCCAGGAACGGCUUGGAACCUCCCCCGGCUGCGUCGCGGUACCGCCAGACUGCGAAAGCGCUUCGGAAGGCCGGCGGGAGCUGAUCAGUCGCAUGUUCGGAAGGGCGGCUCCGGGCACCCUGACGGCCAUCAUGGGACCCUCCGGGGCCGGCAAGACCACGCUCAUGAACGUCCUCUCCGGGCACUACGACAAAGGCUACGAGGGUGAAGUGCAGGUGAACGGCUGGGUGCGGGACACGGAGCUCUUCAACCAGCAGAGCUGCUACGUCAUGCAGGACGACUGUCUGCUGCCCGAGAUUACUGUCAGGGAGGCCCUGACCAUGAGCGUUCAGCUGCGCAUGCCUUCUCUCGACUGCGCCAAGAGGACGCAGCUGGUUGACCACUCCAUCAAGCGUUGGGGGCUCGAGGACUGUCAGAAGACGAGAACUGCUUUCCUCUCCGGCGGUCAACGGAAAAGGCUGGCCAUAUCCCAAGAGCUCAUCAGCAACCCCCCUGUGAUAUUUGUGGAUGAACCAACCAGUGGCCUAGACAGCAUGUCUUCUCUCCGCUGCGUAACUGUGAUGAAAUCUCUGGCGGCUGCGGGGCACACCGUUCUCUGUUCCAUUCAUAAUCCAAGCGCGAAACUCUUCUCCUAUUUUGAUGGGUUGUACAUGAUCUCGGAAGGUAUGUGCAUCUACAACGGCCCCAUCGACAAGCUGUUGCUGUUUCUAAACGCACAGAACCUUCACUGUCCGAUUCACCACAACCCUGCGGAUUUCAUCACCGAAAUAGCGGCGGGUGAAUAUGGAGACGUCUGCAAACGGCUGGCGAAGUCGUUCAGCCCCGAGCACUCAGGGAGCGACAACAAGGUGCUGUAUCAUCAUCCUCUUCUUUCCAAGUACGGCGGGAACAUCAUGACCAAAGAGGAAAAAUCUGAAGAACUGAAGCUUCACAAGGUUACAGUGCACUUCUGGCAUCAGUUUAUGGUGCUGACACGCAGGUGUUUUCUAUGCGUCAUCAGAAACAAGAUAGCAUCUCAGCUUCGCUUCAUAGCGUACGCAAUCUUCGCCAUUAUGCUGACGAUGUUGUACUACGACGUCGGCAAUCAAGCAACGCGGGUCAUGAACAAUGCGUCCAUGUUCCUGCUCGCCCUCUCCAUAAUCCUCUUCCAGUCCGUCAUGCCGACGGUACUCAUAUUUCCCACAGAAAUGAGCGUCUUAUUACGGGAGCAUCGAAACUGCUGGUACAGCCCGGGAAUGUACUACAUAGCCAGGCUCUUGACGGAACUGCCUUUUAUGGUCUUCGGACCUCUCAUCUUGAUGGCAGUGUUGUACUGGACCACAUCUCAACCGCCCGAGCUUUGGCGGGCUGCAGUCUGCAUCUUGUUUGCGAUUCAGUCGUGCUCUGUCAGCCAAGGGAUUGGCUUGGUUGUGUCUGCUUCUACUAGCAUACAGACAGCGCUGUUCGUGGCCCUGCCCGUGGCGUCGCCCUCGUUCCUCUUCAGCGGCUUCUUCGUCCAGGUGCACCACCUGCACCCGGUGAUCGGCUGGAUCACGUACACAUCGCACCUGUACCACUCGCACCAGGGCAUGCUCCAGGCCGUGUACGGUUACGGCAGGGCCGAGCUGGCCUGUGAGGAGGAGACGCUCUGCUUCUUCAGCGAGCCUCGGGAGGCCCUCGCGGAGCUCGGCGCACAGGACGUGGACCUGUGGACCAAAAGCGCCAUCCUGCUGGCCAUGGACGUUUUCUACAAGCUGACCGCCUUCGUUGUGCUAAAAUGGCGCUUGAGGAUUAAGCGCUAACGUCCACUCCAAUUUGUUUUCCACGGUGUACAUAAAACGGCUCGAUUAUCUCGACUCUCUAUUCGCAAGUUUAUAAAGUAAAGUUUAAUGUUGCGUUUGUGCUCGUCCUACCACGGCAAGACUGGAUCCGCGCGCUUCUUUUUCAUGUGUGGACAGCCUGUUCCGUCCAUAGAGUUAUCAUAACGUACGCUAGAGAUUCAGCUGGUGCUAGUUUGCUGUUGCAAAUUUAAGCAGACAGCAAGAAUUGGAAAAUUGACUUGCAUGCCUAUGGGAAAAAACGGGUGCAUUCUUUCUCGGCACUUGCUUAUAAGAGCAAACAUUACAAGUAAUCCUAGCGUAGUAAAUAGCUUGAAACAUUUUUCAAUCACAGAAAUAAAAAUAUUGGUAAGUCA